AUGGCGACGAAGCGUCCUCGCUUGGACGCAGAAGACGACCCAGGACCAAACUCGCAAGUGAAAAAAAUCGAAGACAUCUCAUCGGAGCUCUCACACCUGACCACAGAAACAAAGCGACGCCGUCAAGAUGUGGCUGCACGACGCGCAGCAAACGCUGACAAAGACGUAAGUGUUGUCAAGACCUCGCUCAAGUCGUUCUGCACCGAGCAAUCCAAGACGUUGCCGUGGGAGGAGAGGCGUAUGUACUUGCGAACACGCACAUCGUCCGACUUUGUCAUCUCCGACUCCCCGUUGAACCGCUGA